AUGCCCUUCUCUUUCUCUAUCUCACAACCAACUGCUGCAAAUGCAAUGCGCAUACCAGCAACAAUGUCAACCAAUUCCCUUUUUUCAUGUUCAUUAAGAUUAUUCACAACCAAAUUCCCACUUUCUCUCAUCAACAAAAACAACUCUACUUUCUUCAUUAAACCCACAAACACCCUCUUCUCUUUCAAACCAAUCACCUUCCAAAGAUUCCCAACAAAACCAUCACCGCCAUCAUCUUCAUCAUCACCACCGCCAUCCACUUCCCUUCAACCCAUCGAAGAACUCCCUCCAAAGCUUCAAGAAAUUGUAAACCUCUUCCAAUCCGUACAAGAACCCAAAGCCAAAUACGAACAGCUUCUUUUCUACGGAAAAACCCUCAAACCCCUCGAACCCCAAUUCAAAACUAAAGAGAACAAAGUUGAAGGUUGUGUUUCUCAGGUUUGGGUCCGAGCCUACAUGGACAGUGAUAAAAAUGUCGUCUAUGAAGCUGAUUCAGAUUCUGUUCUCACCAAAGGCCUCGCCGCUUUAUUAGUUCAAGGCUUUUCAGGUCGACCCGUUAACGAAAUUAUUCGGGUCACACCCGAUUUUGUGAUGCUUCUUGGAUUGCAACAGAGUUUAACCCCUUCUAGAAAUAAUGGGUUUUUGAAUAUGCUCAAAUUAAUGCAGAAAAAAGCACUUUUGCUCUAUGUGGAAGCUGAAAAGGGUACUUCUGAAUUUAACUCAAUUGGAAAUUCUGAUUUCAAAGAUGAUAGCUUUGUUGAGAAUUCAAGUGGCCCUUCUGUAACUCCAAGUUUAGGUGUUGAUUUUAGUUCUAAGGUUGAUGAGAAUGUUGAAUUGGAAGGGAGAGGGAAGAGGAUAAAGGAAAAGCUUGAAAAGGAACUUCAUCCUAUUGAGUUGGAAGUUGAAGACGUGUCUUAUCAACAUGCUGGGCAUGCCGGUGUUAGAGGGAGCAAUGGUGAAACACAUUUCAAUGUUAAAGUUGUUUCUGAAGAGUUUCAAGGGAAGAGUUUGGUUAAGAGGCAUAGGCUUAUCUAUAACUUGCUUCAAGAUGAGUUGGAGUCUGGACUUCAUGCGUUGUCUAUUGUGGCCAAGACACCUUCUGAAGUCGGUGAAGGAUGA